GUAAAAAUUUUUUAGCAGUAUCAAAAGCAGAAACAUCAACAUUCAUAAACAUUGAAACAAGUCAACAACAACAACCUCUAUCCCCACAGAAAUUAACAAACUCCAACAGCAAUCUUUGCCUUCUCCAACCACCCAACCCCUCAACACAUUUUCAACCAAAAUUUCCUCGUUUAAAUAGUCAUCGCACCUCUGAAGUGCGCAAAAUGUCAAUUGUUGGGAAGCCUUUGGUUUACAAAAAUUAUAGAACCGAUCAACGCUUUAGGCGGGUCCAGUCUAAAAUGCACAAUUUUCUUGAGAGACCGAGAGGGUGGAAGGCAGCAAGCUAUCAUUUGGCUGUUUUAGUAAUGGUCCUAAUGUGCCUAGCUUUGAGCGUGUUCAGUACUAUACCCGAAUUUGAGGAGCAAGCAACUCUCACUCUUUAUUAUACAGUAAGUUUAGACGAGAAACUUUGA